UUUCGCGUUAAAACAAAAGCUAAUUUAUACGCGUCAAAUUUUUUGCGUCGGUCAAGUCACUCGUGCGAUUUUACGGACAUCUCGUCGCGCGACGUGUAUCCGCGCGAUUUAGCGCAUGAACAAAUGCACAAAAAAAAAAUAUUACACGAAGUAAUAAUUGGAAAUUUGACGUACGAGAGAUAUUACGUGUGACAAGCACGCUUCGUUAGCGGGAGGACUCCGUUGUCAAGAGAUAUUUUCGGUGAUCAUUAUGUCCGACCGGCCUUUUAAAGCCCGAAACGCUUUUCAUCCCGCGGAUCCGCCGCACGGCAUGCAAAAUUACGAUGUGGGCGCGCUAAUGAGAGAUCAGAAGCAAGCUUUGAACAAAAUGAAAAUGAUCACUCGAAAGGAAAACGAAGUUUACCUUAAAUCGCACCCGGAAAUCAGAGGCUUGAUCGGCACUUUACUGAGGCACGUCCUAUCGAAGCAGCCGCUCAUCGAUAUUCCCGAGGUAGUGGGUACAUUUUUCAACAGGCCACGUCGUGAAAUUGUUGCUGACCUUUUGGAUUACUUGUCGUCCGCCGAUAAACGAUCGGCCAUAACGGACGAUCUUCGGCGGGAAGUAUUUCGUACGGUCUGCAGCGAUGAAACUCACGGUAGCGACGAUUCGAGCUCGCAAUCCGAUGCUGGCUCGUGCAAAUGCCCGAGUGUGUGUGGCAGUUUCUAAUAGUAGUCCAAAUAUGCUCGACUUACAUGGUUAUAUCCGUGCGAUCUUUAUACGAAAAGAGAGAAGCAACACGAAAUAUAAAUCUUACUACAAUUAACCUUUAAACCACCACGCCCAAAAAAUCACGCACUAACCACAAUGUCGGUCUGACAGACCGCUAUUAUACUCUCGCUAAUUUUAUAAGUUAAUUAUAAUAAAAAUUAUGUAUGUUUUCUAAAUACUUGUUGAUGGGGAAAAGGAAAAACUAUGUUUUAAUGUGAGAGUUAACAAAAAAAUCUCAUAUACAAUGUAGAAAUAAAAUAUGUUUAAAUGGUGACAAAUAAGAAAAUUGUUGACAAGUAGUGUUCCGAUAGCGGUAAGACCGAUAUAGUGGUUUAAAGGUUAAACAUGGCACAAUUAAAUACAAUCCAAAUCGCGCGAACUUUUCAUAGAUUUCAAAAUCAAAUUAGCUCGACUUUCGUAUCGGGGAGCAUAUAAUCCCGACUGUGUUGUGAAGACCCGUCCUCUUUAUAUAGAACGCUAUGUAAAUAUUAUACCUGCCUGUCAUUAAUUUACCGUAUAUUAAAAUCCGAGCCUUAUUCUCCACUAAUGUUUA